AUGGAAUCCAUAAAUGUGGUGGUUGAUGAUGAACACAAACAAGCAGAUGUCACAUAUGAUGUUGGAACAUUCUGGGAACACGCAGCUGAAGAAUCUAAGAAAGAAGAUGAUUGCAGCCCCACUAUUGCAAAAGCUGAAGCUGAACCCUCUAACAAAGGACCAUCUAUAAGAGUUCAAAAAGAUCAUCCUAGUGAACUUAUUAUAGGAGAUCCCAAUAGUGGAGUUGUUUCAAGGUCAAGAGAACAGGUCUCAAACUCCUGUUUUGUAUCAAAAAUUGAACCCAAGAAUGUUAAGGAAGCUUUGACAGAUGAGUUUUGGAUUAAUGUUAUGCAAGAAGAAUUAGGCCAGUUUGAAAGGAAUGAAAGCAAGUAUGCCAAAAACAUUGUCAAAAAAUUUGGGAUGGAGAAUGCUAGUCACAAAAGAACACCUGCACCUACUCAUUUAAAAUUGUCCAAAGAUGAAAAGGGCACAAAUGUUGAUCAAAGUUUGUAUAGAAGCAUGAUAGGAAGCCUGCUGUAUCUCACAGCUAGUAGGCUUGAUAUUGCUUUUGCUGUUGGGACCUCUCCCUCAAAGAACACGAUUCCUCGCUCUGAAACUGCAUCCGACUCUAGGGCACCAAAUAUGGUAGGUGAUCAGGAUGUUGUACUGGAUGUUUUGCCAUUGAACUCGGUCCCAGCCAUUGAUCCUGUUGGUAGUAUACCAAGAAAGAUGCAUGCAAGAAAAUCAACUGGUGGGUCUAUUCCAGAAACGUUCUCUGCUAGGGAUAAAGAAGGGACUGCUUAUGUCCACAAUGCAAUCGCAGGCCUUGUCACAAGAAUCUUGAAUGAAGGUCACAAGGUAGAAGGAAUAUCUGUCCCUUUAGCCCAAGCUCCUGCUCCUGAGAACAACAAAGAUAAUCAGGUUGAUGCUAGCAAGGAUCAUGCUGAUGUUGAGACAUCUGAAACCAACAAUGUUGAAGGCUCUGAUGCUAAAGAUGUUGAAGCAUCUGAAGAUAAAGAUGCGGAGAUUCUUGAAACAGAGAAAGCUGAAGAGGUCACUGCUGCUUCUCCUAAAGAGAAGGCUACUCGCCCUACUGACAAUAGAAAUGAUGUGGUGGAUCUGGAUAAUCUUGAUAAUCCUAUUGACAUUGCUGAUGAUGACCUCAUCUCCAGCAUUUCCAACAGAGUCAGGGCUCGAAGGGGAAAGCAGGUUGAUGAUCAACAUCCCCCCAAGACAAAGGUUGCUCCUCUAAAGAAUGCCACCAAAGAAAAGAUCAAGAAGGUCUCUGCUGAGUCUUCAAGAACUGGGAGCAAGGUUGCUGUGAAGAAGAGAAAAGAAAGAAGUGUUUCUGACUCCGAAGACAAUGUCCUAAGUGAUGUCCCUGACAUCCCUUCAAAGAAGAAGAUUGCUGUCACAAAAUCCUCCACAAAGGUCCGUGAUGUUCCCUUGGACAACAUUUAUCUGCACUAUGCUUCAAAUGCUAUCCAGUGGAAGUUUGUUUAUCAAAGAAGGCUGGCUCUAGAAAGAGAACUUGCAAAUGAUGCUCUGGAAUGUCAAGAGGUCAUGAAGCUCAUCAAAUCUGCAGGUAGAGAUGCUGAGGCUCAACCUGAGCUUGAAGUAAUCGACAAUGAAGUAUGCAAAGUUAUCACUGGUGGUAAGGUUAAGAAAUGGCCCAUAAAGAGUAAAUUGUCUGCUAGUCUUUUGAAUGUCAGGUAUGCCUUGCUGCACAAAAUUGGUGCUGCAAACUGGGUGCCUACCAAUCACAAUUCUACCAUUGCUGUUGGCCUAGGUAGAUUCAUAUAUGCUGUGGGAACCAAGACAAAAUUUGACUAUGGGACCUACAUAUUUGAUCAAACUAUGAGGCAGGUUGGUACUUCUGCUACCAAGCUACCCAUUGCUUUUCCAUCCCUGAUAUGUGGGAUAAUCCUCAAGCAACACCCUGGAAUUCUGAAAGCUAAAGAUUUUGUAUGUAAGAGGGAGAGUGCUUUGUCAUUUCACUAUAAGCUGCUCCAAAGGUCAGAUGACAUAACAUCUGCUGGGACAUCACAACCCAGCAAGUCUGUGAACAAAACCUUUCUCAUUGCUGAGCUGAAAAAGACUUGUAAGGAGUUGGACAACAGGAAGAUGAAGCUUGAAAAGCUCAUUCAAAGUCUUGAACAGUCUACAGAUGAUGAUCAUGCUGGUGGAAGCGAUGGUGACAAUAUGGAUGAAGACAAGGGUGCUGAUAGUGGUGAUAAGGAAGAGGCCGAGGAUGGUGAGGGUACUGAAGAUACUGGGAGUAGUGAUGCUGAUGAAGAGACUAGUGGCUCUAGUGAUGAAGAGAUUAGUGGCUCUAGUGAUGAAGAGACUGAUGGUUCUGACAAUUAG